GCAGGUCAAUUCAAGUACUAUUCGAAGUAAAGAGAAGACAAAAUUUGUACAAUGGGUAAAGACUUUUAUAAGAUUUUGAACGUCGACCGAUCGGCGAAUCAAGACGAAAUCAAGAAGGCUUAUCGCAAGCAAGCCUUAAAAUAUCAUCCCGAUAAAAACAAGACCCCAGGAGCAGAGGAAAAAUUCAAAGAGAUCUCACAGGCCUAUGAAAUCCUCAGCGAUGAAAAGAAGAAAGCAAUUUACGAUCAAUACGGAGAAGAAGGACUUGGAGGACAGCCACAACCUAAUGGUCCCCAAAACACUGGCAGUACACACUUCAGUGGAGGGCCUGGCUUUACUUUCACCUCAUAUUCGACCGGGGACGCCAGGGAAACAUUCUCAAGGGCAUUUGGAGAUGAAGAUCCAUUUGCUGAUUUGAUCGGUGGAUUUGGUGGUUUCAACUUCGGUGGCUUUGGUCCUAAAUCUCGCAAAACUAGUCAACGAGUAUUUAUGAGCGGUGAUGAUGAUUUUGGUUCAUCGACUCCUAAGAAAACGAAAGUACAAGAUCCCCCGAUCGAUAAGGACUUGUUGGUGAGCCUCGAAGAGCUAGAAAAGGGAGCCACGAAGAAGAUGAAGAUAUCUAGAAACAUAAUAGACGAAAAUGGCAUGCAAAGAACUGAAGAAAAGGUGCUGACAAUCCACAUCAAGCCAGGAUGGAAAGAAGGGACGAAGAUCACKUUCACAAAAGAAGGGGAUGUAAAGCCAGGGGUAAUACCCUCUGACAUUGUAUUCAAGAUCAAGGAUAAACCUCACAAGAACUUUACUAGAGAUAAGGACAAUAACUUGAUUUACACUGCUAAAAUACCUCUAAGAGCUGCUCUAUCCGGUAGAAUCAGUAUUGAUGUACCAACACUCAGUGGUCRCAAGAUUAGGGUAUUUAAUGAUAGUGAAAUCAUUCAGCCUGGCUCGACAAAAAUACUGGAAGGGCAUGGCUUACCUCUGCCGAAAAAUACGAAUUCUAGAGGCAACUUGAUUGUAAAAUAUGACGUGUACUUCCCGAACUAUUUACCUUCUGACAGGAAAAACAAUAUCUUGGACUUGCUACCUAAUUGAAAAACAUACAUUGCACAGUUAAAUUAAUAUACUUAAUAGCCAAAAAUAUUAAUUUUAUAUAUAUUAUGUAUAAACCUUCAUUGCAAAAAAGUUCAUACAAUAGAAUACGAGAGUGUAAA